AUGGCCACCGCAGCACCAACUUCACGAGCUCCUCGCAUUCCCGAAGACAUUUGGGGAAAGCAUCGUUCUGACAUCGAACGGUUAUAUCGAGACCUCGAACUCCAGGGUGUGAUACAACUGAUGGAGAGUAACCAUGGUUUCCAUGCUACAGACAAACAGUACAAGCGGCAGCUCGCCAAAUGGGGCUUCCGGAAAAACUUCACGUCCAAAGAAUUGGAUGCUGUCUUAAGCAAUCCUGGUGGAGAUGGUAUUGUCCGCGGCAUUCCUGUUCCCAAGGCCCGGGUCGAGCGAUACGCACGCAGGCGGCGUCUCAAGAAAUCGUUUGCUCUAGGUGACCAACCCUUCAGCCGACAAACAUCGACUAUUCCCACGAGUACACAGACACCUGAAGAAAACUCAUCUCAUAAUUUGCAAAUUUACGCUAAGCUACCCAAAUCCAACCUUCUCAGAGAAAAUCCCACGCAAAAUGUGGAAUGCCUCUCACCGGGAAUUAUUGGCAGAUUCUUCACCCUCAAGUUUUUUGAAGAAACGAACAUGCCAUGGCUAUCACCGGCAGAUGACCUAGUCGUCUCCUUGGACGAUUCUCCUCCGCGCAACGGAUAUCUGACCGACUUCGCCAAAAAGGAAUCUUUCACAAGGACAAGAAUUCUAUUUGCCUGGCAGUACCGUCCACAUGUCGAGUCUUGUAUUGCUUUUUUAUGGCCCUCAGGCACAGACAAUGAGAAGAGCACGAUACCCUGA